UCACAAGGAUCGUUGAGUGAAUUACUGUCAAAACCGAGAAACUGGGAGAAACUCACUGAUAAGGGCAAGGAAGCAUUCCGUCGUAUGUAUGGCUGGAUUUCGAAUCCACGGGCAAUCGAGUUAUUGUGUGCUGUUGCGCCACGACGAAAUCAACCAAUGGGAAAAGGCCAAUUGGCAGGACUUGAACGCACUCACCUUGCUCCAUUUUUUGCAGCUCUCUCUUCUGUUUUGUUGAUGGGCUUCUCCUACAUGGAAUCACAUCUGGAACAUGCAGUUGGCUCCCGUUCAUCACAUCCAAGGAUCAAAGAAGAAAAGUCAGCGGAACCAGCGGAUUCUGUUGCAUCAUCGAUGGCAUCCACGGUAGGUGGAGCAGCGACGGGCUCCAACUCUCCGUUACCGGUAAAUGUUCCGCUGAAUCCAGCACAAGCACUGUUUGUGGCGAAAUGUCAUAAUGGUUUGUCGCCGAUAACUCAGGAGCAGCUUGAACGUUGUGCACCGCUGGACACAGAAGAUCUUGUCAAACGGGUCAAAGACUUUCUCUCGAAAAAUUCGAUAUCCCAGCGCCUGUUUGGUGAAAAUGUGGUGGGCCUUUCACAGGGUUCUGUUUCGGAUCUGCUGGCAAAACCGAAACCAUGGAUUAUGCUAACACCGAAAGGACGUGAGCCUUUUAUACGCAUGCAACUUUUCCUUAAUGAGGCUCAAUCCAUCGAAUGCAAGUCUGAGACAGGAGAUGGAAUUCAUUUUGAGAAUUUGUUGACUUUUUUAAUGAAAAACUGGGCAUUCUUAAUUGUGCUUUUUGUUAACCGUUUAACAUUUUGA